UGUAAUUGGAGGAAGCCUUUCUCUUACACUCCUACAGAGUCCACGCGAGAGGCUGGGAGUCGGUCUGCAUCUCUGGACUCGCGGACGGAGCACACCCCGCCGAUCGGGUUGAGUUCGUGACGAGAAGAAGGCAAAGUGGUUACACUCGACGAUCAUGCAAGGCGCUUGGACAAUCAGGAGUUUUGUACCUGUACAUAGGGAGAUUAAGUGGGAGUGGGACAUAUCUGUGUGGAAAUAUGGGUAUCUUGGAAAAAGAGCUUUAGCAACUCUGCAAGGAGCAAAAGAGAGGAUGAAUUUGGUCCAAUUUUCUUGCAAACCUAUUGUUUUUGGAGCUUCUUGGAGUGUAUUAGCAUUGGAGCUUGUGGAGCAUUUGCCACAUCAAAAAUUUUGCUCCUGGUUUGAUUUUAUAGUUUUGGUUUGGUUUGUAUUAUAGAGAAAUAGGGUCCACAAAGUCAUACUGCUGUGUUACCACGUCCUGUCUCUUGUCUAGGAUGUCUAUUAUACAUCAGGAAGCAUAUAUUUGGGGUACUUUUUUUUUUUAAAUCUGUUGAGCUGACAUAUUCCACUGCAGCAACAAUGACUGGUCGAUCAGCUCGAACAAUAUAUGUUGGCAAUCUGCCAGGAGAUAUCCGUGAAUGGGAAGUUGAAGAUCUCUUUUACAAGUAUGGUCCCAUAGUGGAUAUUGAAUUGAAGAAUCCACCUCGCCCUCCUGGCUACUGUUUUGUAGAGUUUGAGAGUGCUCGUGACGCAGAAGAUGCGAUUAGAGGAAGAGAUGGUUAUAGUUUUGAUGGCUACCGUUUACGGGUUGAGCUUGCACAUGGAGGUAAGGGAAUGUCUUCUUCAAGCGAUCGACGUAGUGGUCAUGGAGGUGGUAGUAGCAGCCGUUAUGGACCUUCAAGGCGUUCAGAAUAUCGUGUUGUUGUACGAGGAUUGCCUUCGUCAGCAUCCUGGCAAGAUUUGAAGGAUCAUAUGAGAAAGGCUGGGGAAGUUUGUUUUGCCCAAGUUUUUCGUGAUGGUGAUGGAGCGAUGGGGCUGGUUGACUACACCAAUUAUGAGGACAUGAAGCAUGCUAUUCGGAAACUUGAUGACACUGAAUUCCGAAAUCCAUUUGCACGUUCUUAUAUUCGGGUCAAAUGUUAUGAAAAGAGUGCAUCAAGAAGCCGAAGCCCAAGUAAAGGCCGUGAAAGAAGUCACAGCAGAAGUCGAAGUCCAAGACGGGAAAGGAGCCCAAGCAAGUCUCCCAGGCGUUCUGGCUCUAGAUCAGCAUCAAAAUCACCUCCUGCCAAAUCCGUGUCCCCGGCAAAGUCCAGGUCCAGGUCCAGGUCCAGGUCUUUAUCUCGUAGUCCUGCAUGAAUUUCUCAAGGUCGACCCUCGUAGAGGAACAUGUACUCCGGUUUCAUGCUUUGCAAGGACGACAGACUUAAACAUUCUCCAUUUAAUGGAUACUUCAUUUGACUUUUUGGUCUGUUUUUGUUGAAUUGAACCGCCAAAAUCUCUUGAUUUGGUUGGGAAUAGAAAAUUUACUGCCUUGGAACUUUGCUCAAUAGUUUGUUGCAUGGUCGUCUUUCUGUAGGGCUGCGGCAUUUACUAUUUUAUUAACUCAGGUCAUCUUCUUUCUUCA